CAGAUUCCCACCACAACCCAAAGAAGUUAAAAACACUGCCGUUUUGUAGAGUCACCACAAACUCAGAUAUAGCCAUCCGUCCAAAACCAGACCGGUGAAAAUAUGCUCAAACAUGCCGAUUGGGUCGUUAUCCAUCCAUCCUCAGUUUACCGUUAAAGGCUGUUCAUUAAACCAAACAGGAACAAGCCCUUCUAGCCGGUCACUCCUCAACUUCUCAAAAUUUACAGGAGAACCUUCCAGUGGCAGAAGUUUAAGCAGAAGGUUGAGUUUGAGGAACGGGAAUGGAGGCUUUACACUAGAACCACAUGGUGUUGGCGACAGAGACGGCAUUAUCAUUGUUGACCAUGGUUCGCGUAGAAAGGAAUCAAAUCUCAUGCUUAAUGAAUUCGUGGCCAUGUUUAGAGAGAAAACUGGGUAUCAAAUAGUGGAGCCUGCUCAUAUGGAGCUGGCUGAACCAUCAAUUAGAAACUCAUUUGAUGCGUGUGUUCAAAAAGGGGCAAAUCGGGUUAUAGUAAGCCCAUUUUUCCUCUUCCCUGGAAGACACUGGCACCAGGAUAUUCCUUCUCUAACAGCUGAAGCUGCAAAGCAGCAUCCUGAUGUGUCAUAUAUCGUAACUGCACCUCUUGGCCUCCAUGAGCUACUAGUGGUAUUUUGUUGUAGGAUGUUGUCAAUGACAGGAUCAAAUAUUGCUUAAGCCAUGUAGCUGGAGAUGCAGAUGAGUGUUCUGUCUGUGCUGGAACAAGCAAGUGCAGGCUCUACUGAUCAACAAAAAGUGCACAAUAAAAUAGAAUGGUCCAUCUGUUGUAUUUCUUGUUUCUUGGUUCAUAAGGGGAUAUAUUUUCUUCAGGGAGGUCAAGUUGAUGUUAUCAUUUACCAUCAAGAAAUCAACUAUAGGGACCGAUGCUGAUUUAAAAUAGGAAUCUAAGGCAUGAAUGCAAAUGGUCUUACAAUCUGAAGGUUGUGAAAAUUUAAUCAUACUUUUUUCCAGAUGCCUCUGGCUCAUGUAACACAUAAUUUGACUUGAUUGUAUCAGUGGGACUCAUAUAAAUAACAACUUUAAUUAAUUGUUACAGAA